ACUAAGUGGACAUUUGUCAGAGUUGUAGUAAAAGUUCAAGUUGAAAUUUGAACUUCUAACUCAAAACGAUACCUUCCUCUCUUCUUUUUUAGAAGGACAAGGAAACCUCGUCUGUGCUUGAGAGUUCCAACCCUAAAAAUCAGAAUUCACACAUAGGAGCAAAGACAAAAGCAGGGAUGGAUAGAACUAUAGAUGGAGACAGGGUUGGACCAGGGAGAGAGUGAAUAAAGAGACUCCCAGGGGGAGAAGUGUAAAGCGGGUGACUGAUGGAAGGGAAGGGCAAAGUGAGGUAAGGCAGCAAAAGAUGUCAGGAGAGGAGGAGGGUCUGUGUGGGGUUCAGAGAAGGAAGAGGUGUGUGCAAAAAAUGGUAGCAAUUUAUCUACCCAAAGAAGAGAGUGUAAGCCAGAGGAUCACAGCCACAUAGAGGACACUUAAAUUUCAACAGAGCUACUUGGGUAUUGGCUCCUAUUCAGUGGUAGAGAGAACAAAGAAGACAUGCCACGGCAAUGGGAGCUCCAGCAGCCGCAAUCUCAAAAACUGACACAGACUUGUCAAUAAAGAGAGUAAAAUCUGAUUUAUAAUACUUGCAGAAGGCCACAAGCUAUACAAGGACCUGAAGAACUUCCUUAGUGCAGUCAAAGUGAUGCAUGAAAGUUCAAAGAAAGUGUCAGAAACUCUACAGGAGAUCUAUAGCAGCGAGUGGGACGGUUAUGAGGAGUUGGCGGCCAUUGUAGGGAAUAAUGAUCUCCUUUGGGAAGACUAUGAAGAGAAACUGGCUGACCAGGCUUUGAGGACCAUGGAAAACUACGUAGCCCAGUUCAGCGAGAUCAAGGAGAGAAUCGCCAAGCGGGGUCGGAAACUCGUGGACUAUGACAGUGCCCGACACCAUCUGGAGGCAGUGCAGAAUGCCAAGAAGAAAGAUGAGGCCAAGACUGCCAAGGCAGAGGAAGAGUUCAACAAAGCCCAGAUUGUGUUUGAAGAUCUAAACCAGGAACUACUGGAGGAGCUGCCUAUUCUUUAUAACAGUCGUAUUGGUUGUUAUGUGACCAUCUUCCAAAACAUUUCCAACUUGAGAGAUGUCUUCUACAGGGAAAUGAGCAAGUUGAACCACAAUCUGUACGAGGUGAUGAGCAAACUGGAGAAGCAACAUUCCAACAAAGUCUUUGUUGUGAAGGGACUAUCAAGCAGCAAGAGACGCUCUUUAGUCAUUUCUCCCCCAGUUCGAACAUCUACGGUCUCCAGCCCUCUUACCUCACCUACCAGUCCCUCUGCACUUGCCUUGAAGGAAAAUGAACCUGCCUCAGCAGCUGAAGAAGAUCUGGCACCUGAAGCAGCCCAAGGAGAAGACAAUUCUGAGAUCAAAGAAGAGCCCUUAGAAGAUGAGGAAACAGAAGAGGAAGAGUCUGAAGCCAGUUCCUCUGAGGAAGAGAAGUCUCUAUCAGACUGCAAUGGCCCAACCCAGGCCCAGCCCUCUCCUACUGCUGAGGGUGGCAAGUCCCAGGAUAAGGUUCUCCCUUGCUCCCCAGCCCCAUCACCAGGCAGAGCCCUGAUUCCUUCAGAGCAGCCUUCAUCACUCUCAGAAGUAGUCCUUCGACCCCGCACCUCAAGUGAAGGAUCUGACAAACCAAAGAAGAAAGCCUCUAUCCAGAGGACCUCAGCACCCCCUAGUAGGCCUCCUCCACCCAGAGCUACUCCGAGCCCCAGGUCCUCCUCGGGGAACAGCCCUCCGGCCUCUGGAGGGGGUUCACCCACCAGCCCCAGAGCCUUCUUGGGGACUGGGACUCCAAGUCCUAGGGCCUCCUUAGAGGCCUCUCCUAAUCCAGAGCCACCAGAGAAGCCAGGAAGAACUCCUGAGGCACAAGAAAAGGAAAACAUCCAUAGUCCAAACCCAGAAGAACUUUGUGCAUCUCCCACCGUGAUAACCCCUCAGGUUUUUUCAGACCCUAAAGCAGCAAAGAAGAUGGAAGACAAGGAAGAGAAUGAGGAGGUUAUUUCACCUGAUUCCCCCAAGGGCCAAGGCCCUCAGCUUCAAGUCUCUGCAGUUACAGGAGAAAGCAACCUCACAGCACCUGAGCCUCAAGAAGAGGUAUCUACAAGUCAAAACGCACAACUCUGAAGAGAAACUACCAAGACCCUCCCAUGCCUCCCCAGAGAAGCCCCUCAACUAGAGGGUAUCUGUCAGAAGGAUAUAAGAGCAAGCGUUCAUUUCUAGAUUCUCAGACAGUAGAAAUGCUGGUGGUCUCCAAAACUUGGCAUUAUUGGAAGCUGAGGAACAGUCUUAUGGGAGGAAGGGAGGCAGGCAGUCUUGGGAGAAGAGGAUGUUAGACUCAGGGAGUACUUAAUUCGGGUUUUAGCAUUGUUAGAAGAAUAAGACUCUAUUAAAGUGGGGCUAAAAUGACGAUAAAGCAGAAGUAUCUAUAGACACACACUUGUCUGCACAGAGACACAUAACCACACAUACUCAGAAUAAUAGACAAAUCCUUGACUUACUCACUUUGUAAGACUUAAAGUCACAAGAAUAUAUUUUCAGAUUGUUAAAUAAAGUAUGAUUUUGAUUUUCUAUGGAUUAUUUGUUUGACACAGGGCAUUGUUCCAGCUCAGAACAGUUUUCCUCUGGGACAAGGUUAUUGAUUCUGCCUCAGUCACGAAGCUUUAGUUGCAUAGCUGAGCCCUCUCUCAUCCUAACUCUUAACUGACCCCUAUCUCAUCCUAACUCUUUAUAAUGUCAGGGGCCACAGAAUACUCUCCUCAACCCAAGGUAUGUUGCUGCAGGGUUGUUGCUCCCUUUGGUUAAUAAGCAAAUACCCUUGGAAACGAGUUAUAUUUUAAAGCUAUGUCUAAUGUUUACAAUCUCAUAUUUGGUGCGAAUAUGGAUCUGAGCAGGAUGUUGAAAGAUAUGAAACUCCAAUGAAGGGAAAGGAUGCAAAGUAUAAUAAUAUCAUGGAAAUGGCAUGAGAUUUGGAGUCAGGAGUCCUGGAUUCAUUUACUAUCUAUGAAAACAUUUGUGAAAACAUUAAAAGUAGCUCUGGAGUCCUGCCACCUUGAUAAAUACACGUAUACAUGCAAAUCCCCUUCAUCUUUGCUCUUGUUUUUAGAGAUGACAUUACCACGUGUGCAGCAAGCAUUUACUGAGUAUCGACUCUGUACCAAGCACUGGGUGCUAGUACUAGUAUGUGGAAAACAAUGAAAGAAAAAAGUAAGAACUUUGAGCAGGGAGCAGAAUGGCCAAGAUCUUGUGAUGGGACAAAAUAUGCAAGUAUUUUGAAUUCACACAUUCAAAAUGUACGAUGAUGAAGACUGAGGGGUUUUGUUUGUUUGUUUAUUUGUUUGUUUGCAGUUUUUGGC